GGACCAAUAGUUUUUUGGCCUGGUGAAUUGUAUAAUACAACGGAACAAUGGGUUGCGUAUAUAAAUUGUAACAGUAAUACUACAUCAAAUGACAUGAUAACUGCUCAAGGAAACGGAUCCUCUGCUAUAGUUUUAUAUAAUGAUAGUGAUAUUUGUAAAUAUCCAUCAUCUUUAACAGAUAUUAAGAUUCCUGUAUUCAGUGAAAAAUUCACAAAAUGUUAUAGUGCACUCUCGAGUUCAAUACAGGAACUAGAUCAACCACCUAUGGUAAUUAUCAGAGGCGGUAGAAAUGGUACGCAUUAUGAUGGUUAUGGUGGUCCUUACAGUAAUAAGGGUAGCACUGUCAGUGAUAAUAGCAACGCUAGUACCAGUGAUAAUUCAGCUCAGCCUUAUCAAACUGCAAUGGUUGUAUUAUAUACGAUUUCUGGUGUCGUAUUAGGCUUGUUCUUUUUAGUAGUUAUCACAAACGUUGUUAUAAAUAGAGUUCGUUCUCAACAAGAUUCUGGAAUUAUUUCUAAUAAUGAUUCUGGUCAAGGUCAAAAACAUGUUGGUAUAGCUAAAGCUGUAUUAGAAAGUUUUCCAGUUUAUUUAUUCUCCCUAAGAAAUAAUUCUGAUGUCAAUAAAGAUUUGGAAAGUGGUAAAGAUAUUAAAGAUAUAGGAUCGAAAGAAAUGCAAACUGAUGAUGACAAGAAUGAUAUACCAUUAAAAGAAUUAUCACAAGAAACUAAUCAAAAGGAUGGAGCCCCUCAACUAUCUGAAGUCGAAGGAGAUGAAUCCUUAAAGAAUGAUAAUCAAACUCCUAAAAAUGUUUCAAAUUCAGAUAAUAAUCAAUCAACACCCGAAAAUUCUGUUCCUGUAUUUCCCUCUCCUAUUUCUAAUAAAGUUACAGAAGAACAAUUAACUUGUCCAAUUUGUUUGGGAGAUUUUGAAUCUGGUGAAGAAUUAAGAAUUUUACCAUGUCAUCAUCAAUAUCAUAC